AUGGUUCAAGGGGAGGGUUAUGAGGGGCUCAGCUCCUACUGCAUAGGUUUUGUAACUCCUUUGAUGCAUCUUCAACUUACCGCUUCCGAGAACGAGAUGGACGAGAAGGACAACUUGUCCAACUUCUUUGGACGAGCAGGACGAGGAGUUGCGAACGCAGCAUUAAGCUCUGAUAGAGGUCCUUGUCUGGAAAUUACGGCUGAUAAAUAUAUGUGCAUCGUCAAGUUAAAAAACGGAGAUGAUUUGAAUAUCAAGUUCCCAAGAGGUACAUCUUUAGUACCAGGAACUGUUAGCAAAGUCACCCAAGAUGGCAGCCACAUAACUGCAAGAGCACAGUUGGAUGAGAAGACAUCUCUCCUCAGUACACUCAGUGCAGACCUCUUGAGUAAUAUUGGACCAGUCAUUUCGGAUUCUUCCCCGACCUUUAGUGAGAUCCUGAAAGAUAGUCUGGUGACGGCCCAGUGUAAGCAGUGCCGCAAAGUUUUACUGAAUGAUGUGAGGUUUAGGAGAGUAUUACCUUUACCUUCAGUGGACUGGGACCAAGCCUCGGAGGGGUGGUUCUGUCACCUCCAUGGCAGUGAGGGCGAGAAACUCAAACCUUCGUCACUACAACCUGCAAGUGACGAUUGUUUCUAUUCCGAACUUCAUUUCCUCAUUCAUAAAGAUGCGGCAGUGGAUUGUGUCGCUCCAAAUGACAAUAAAUGUGAACUGACGUGUUGCGGCUGCCAAGCAUCUUUAGGUAUUCGGAGUAAGGAGUCUGCGUUGAAGUUGUGGGCGCAUAGUUUGAUGUGGGUGAGAAGUGAAGACAAGCAGAUUCUUUUCGGCAAGGACGUUAGUGGAAUCCUCUUGUCAUUAAUUCAUAACAUUGAUAAAGACAAUUUUGGAGUAAACUGUAGACUUGUGUUGAAGGUGUCACAGGAGGAGGAAGCGGCGGCAGAGCCAGAAUUCCUAUACUUAGUGACAAUGAACACCAAUCAAAAACUACUCUUACCCGAAGGAUCGUCUCUCUCAGGAAUAUCUGACAAGAAAUAUAGUCUAUCAGGAAACUUUUAUAAGAUGGAGGCGGACAGUCUCGCUUCGGAUAAGUCCUUCUCUUCCGAGAAGCGACCUCGGGUACACCAAAGUGAUAUCUCAGAAGUCAUCCUUAGGAGACUCUAUACCAUCAAGCUCCUUUACCUCUUGAAGAGAGGGGAGGACGACCUCACCGGAAGCUGGGUCGAUGAUGUGAACGUCCACAUCCUCCCCUGCAGCAGGUCAUUCCUCCUGGAGGUGAAGGACGUGCUCGAGGCCUCGACUGCGUGUCUGCCGCAGGCCAUGAGAAAGGUGGAAAACAUGAGCGUGGGAUAUAUUGCGAAAAAUGCAUAA